AUGAACUACUACCGACACGUAUUACGAGCAACCGCACCAUGCGCCAUCUGCCUUGAAGAACGACCGACCAAACAUGCCCGGCACUGCCGUCAGUGCGAUACCAACUGCUGCGAAGACUGCUUCCGCGAUUACGUGACGCACAAGAUUCAAGACGGCGACGUCGCGCCACACCAACUCGUGUGCCCCGGCCAUUGCCGGCAACCGAUUCCACGGCUCGUGCUUCUCGUCGUCGUCUCGACGAGUCUCUUUGAAACGUACGACCGACUCGCUCUUGCCUACAAGCAGCGCCAGACCGGGUACUGGUUUUGCCCGCGGCCCGAGUGCGGCCACGUGCUCCCUGCACGAACCGCGCACAAUAAAAACAGUCGGCGCCUCGACUGCGAAAGCUGCCAGCAGUCGUCGUGCCUCGACUGCGGCGGCGUGUACCAUGAGCGGCCAGAUUGCGACGUCGAGUUUCGGGCGUGGUGCGACGCCCACGACGUGCAGCGCUGCCCCUUGUGCACGAUGGUGCUUGAAAAGAUCGACGGCUGUCACCGCGUCGAGUGCGCGUACUGCUACAAUGAGUUUUGCUGGUACUGCGGCAUCCAGAUGGACGACCAUCAACUCGCGCUCUGCUGGCCUCGAAUGUGCAUGCGCUCCGAGCAUUGGCUCUAUGGCCCAAUCGCACCGGUUCGGUUCGUGACCAAACUUGUGUUUGACCGAUCCGCCGAGCGCGCCCACCGCUGCCGACGCUGUGAUACCAACUGCUGCAGCAACUGCUUUGGCUCCUACUUGACGCACAAGAUCGCCGAUGGCGACGUCGCGCCGCACCAGCUCGUGUGCCCCGGUUCAUGCCGGCAAACGAUUCCACGGGCCGUCCUCGCCCAGUUUGUGUCACCGAGCUGUCUCCAAACGUACAUUCGGUUCCUCACUGCGUACGAGCUCCGUCAACGCGGUCAUCGAUACUGCCCGCGACCACAGUGCGGCCAGCCACUGCCAACGUCAACCUCCCACAAGACGAAAACCAAGCGCCGCGUCGACUGCCCGAGUUGCCAGCAGUCGUCGUGUCGCGACUGCGGCGGCGACUACCACCGGUGGUCACGCUGUGAUCACGCGUACCGGGUGUGGUGCGAGACGCACGGCGCGCAACGCUGCCCAUGCUGCUCGACGACGAUUGAAAAGGACGGUGGUUGCAGCCACAUCAAGUGCACAUAUUGUCACUACGAUUUCUGCUGGCGCUGCCGCGUCAAGUGGGCCGACCACAACCACACGCUGUGUCUGCCGGUCGCAUGCGUGCGCUCGACGCACUGGGCCUUUGGUCCGAUCGCGCCUGUUCGAUUCGUGACCAAGACGCUGCCGUCGCGGUUGUUGUGGUGCCACCGAUAG